CAGUGGGUGAUCAGUGCUCAUAGAGUACUAUUUGUGACUGUUUUUAUUGUUUCUCAUCUUUGUUGAUCUCUGGUUGGAGUGAAGCCAGACCUUUGGGACUUGGCUAAGUCUCCUGAACAGUUAGCACAAGAGCCUGGGACCCCCAGGUUGUGGGUUGCCCCUCUAGUCGUCCCCAUCUCUAUUGCUGAUGCAUCCCACAGUUGUUUAGCAGGUACCUCCUGUGUGCCAGGGGAGGAGCCUCUGUAAGGGUGCUUACAUUAUCAGCAGUGAGACAAACAGGUAAUCAAAAUCUUUUCUAGGGUUGGUUACUGUCAGUAAGAAAGUCAGUGGGUGAUGAGAUGAAGGCCUGUGGAGGACUUGAUUCAGCUGCCCUGAAAAUGACAGGAGCUGGCCCUGGGAUAGUGCAGACAUGGUGGCAGGCAUGAGCCUGCUGUGGGAGCCCACUGGCUGGGGUAUCAGGGACAGAUGCUGAAGACCUUGUUGAAGUGGUUGGAGUUUUUUCUAAGGGGUAGUCAGUUGUCUUGUCUUCUAAAGAGACUUAGGAGCAGAAGAGUGACACCACCCUGCAGCUCUUGUGUGGAGACUGGGCUGGAGAAGCCCAGUUUGGCUGCCCAGAGAUGGUACAUUUGGAGGCUGGAACCCAGCCCAGGGCACUCUGGUUAGCUAGCCUAUGCUCCCCUGUCCAGGGGGUUGCCUCCUAGCAGGGGCUGGCCAGUGCCCCAGGGCACCCACCAUGCAGGGCCCCCAGCUUCUUUGCGAGCACAAUUCAGGCUGCCUCCAUGGCCUCUUUUUGACUCAAGCCUACAAGGGUGGAGGGGGCAACAGCUGUUCCUGGCAUCCACAGCCCUGUAGCCCCCUAAGACCGGCUUUUUUCUGGCCUGGUCCCAGCAUGGGUAGAGGUGCGUAAGGUGUUUGGUGCUUGCAUGGGCUAACCCGGCUCCCCCUCCACACUUCCACAGACCCAGUCUUAGUACUGAGGUCUGGUGGUGGGACAGGGUUGCAUCAGGGGAGUGUUUCCUCCCAUGCCCCUUAAUGCCCCACAGUCCCUGGGCUCACAUUGUGCUUGGCUGCCUGGACGUGGAGCCCUCCCCAAAUCUGACAUCACCAGACUUAACAGGAGUGUCCAGUGGAUCCUGCCAACCCUCACCCGCCCCACCUCUCUUCUGCACAACUGUACUUCAGGCAGCCUUGUCUGUGCCACAGUAGUGGCCUGACUGCACAGCUCUGAAGGCUGAGGCUCCAGCCCUGGGCACCCUGCAGUGCAGACAGGGAUCCUUCACUCAGCAAACCUAAUGUCCACUGUGGAGAAGAAAGUGGCCCUUGGGCCUGGCUGCUGGUGAGGUGAGCCUUGCCAUCUUGAGGUUCAGGGGACCCCACCGCUCUCCCUUGGGCAGUGUUUCCAGUGCUGUAGCCCAAGGACGGCCUUCUCCAGCACAAACACGGGGUAAGUACUGGAGGUCCUCUCCUGUGGGAUCUGGUGGCUUUCUGUUGUAGACAGUGGGUAGGAGGGGUCCUGCCACCCAGUACCAACUCUGGGUGUACUUUUCACAAGUCCUGUCCCUCUCUGAGACCCAGGCUCCUCAUCAGCAUGUUGGGAAAACUUGCACUUCCCCAAUGGUUCCCAGCAUGUGAUGCCUGGCCUGGAGGACCCUGGAGAGCCUGGUCCCCGAUUUAAGUAACUUCUUGCCCCAGUAGGCUAGGUCCAGCGAACCAUUUAGUCCUUGGCCAUACAGCACAGUGUCAGGGCCGGGCACGGACUUGAACUGAGGCGCACAGAGUGGCCUAACACACAGCUCUCCUGAGAUGCAGAGUGGCCUGGAACACACAGCUAUUGUGCAUGGUGGCGGAAGGUUGCCACCCUCCAGGCUCAAGUCCAAGAGGCCUGGCAGAGGAAGCCUGAGAAGCUUCGCUAGCUCGUGUAGCUGGGGUGUCCGGCUUUCCUGUAAAGAGCGGGACGUGUUCGGGGCGGAGGAGGCCCGGAGUCCGGCUGGCACCCACCGCUCCAGAACGCCGUCCAGUCGACGUGUUGGAUCUUGGGAGUUGUAGUCUUUAGGCCAGGGGCGGAGCCGCUACUUGGGAUACGCAUCUAUUGGGUGGCGGCUGGCGCACACGGCCCUUGCUUUUGCACACUGCCCCCUCCGCUUCUCAACGACGCGUCGCAGGGCAGCGAUGGGCUCUGCGACGACCUGCGUCAGGGAUUGGAGGGAAGGUGGGGCCCAGAGACGCGGCUGCCCUCGGGUUGGUGGGGCGUAAAGGAGGCGGGUCCGCGCAUGCGUUUAGGGGUGGGGGCCGGCCGGGCCUCGGGGGCCAGUGCCAAGAUGUCGUCGGCGUCGGUACCGGAGCUGAAGCAGAUCAGCCGGGUGGAGGCGAUGCGCCUGGGCCCGGGCUGGAGCCACUCGUGCCACGCUAUGCUGUACGCCGCCAACCCCGGGCAGCUCUUUGGCCGCAUCCCUAUGCGCUUCUCGGUGCUGGUGCUGGGCCUUGUGCGGGUCCCACUGUACACCCAGAAGGACCGAGUUGGAGGCUUCCCCAACUUCCUGAGCAAUGCUUUCAUCAGCACCGCCAAGUACCAGCUCCUCUUCGCCCUCAAGGUGCUCAACAUGAUGCCCGAGGAGAAGCUGGCUGAGGCUUUGGCUGCAGCCACAGAGAAGCAGAAGAAGGCCCUAGAGAAGCUGCUCCCGGCUUCCUCCUGAGGUGGUUCCUGUGCCAGCUGUCAUCUUUCCCCCACCCCUAGCUGUAUCUGUGCCCACAGCCUGAGAAGACUUGGCCCUGGGAUUCCUGUGAAAGUGUGUCUUCUAGAGUGUUUCUGUGUUUGCCCUUCUGACUGCACAGGGCAGGCAGGCAUCUCAUCAUCUCCACUGUCCCAAGCAGUCAUCAGGCAGUGGCUGGGCCAGCUGGGACCCAGCCCAUCCUCUCAGGUUGGUUAGUGGGCGGUUUGGGUGCCCUGGGCCUGGCUUUUCAGGCUCAGGAUGUUCGUACCACCCAAAGGCUCAAACUCCUCAGUGUGCUUCUCAUCAGGUAGUACCCAGUUGUCGAAGGGGGUAGGUACACAGCUCCAGGUUGCUCAGAAGAAUUUGCUUUGGUGAGGGAUGCCUUUUGUCUAGGUCUGCUUAUUCCUGCAUCCUUCUGGAGCUAUAGCCCCUAGGUCUGGAGGAGCCAGCUUGGGGUAGGAUCUUACACUGUUAUUUUUGGUUGUUGUUGGAUUUGCUUUGUUAGAUUUCAUUCACCAAUGUGUGAACUAUAGGUGAAGUUUCAGAGUGGCUUUACCCCACUGUGGCUUAGUUCCCAGGAGGGUUGGGGUCUCAGGGACCCAGCUGUGUAUGGAGUUGUUGAAGGAGAAAAAGACAAUAAAUAAAGUCGCUCCUCAGCUGCUCUCUUUGUUUUUUGGUUUUAGAUGGAAGCCCAAGGCUGGGCUUAAGAGGGGCCUCCGUCCUUCUGGAUGUGGAGGCUGGGGCUGAGAGAAGGGUUCUGUCCCCAGGUGCUAGGUAUUAUUCACAGGGGAUGGGGGACAUGGAGGAACUCCUCUGGCCCGAUACAUCCUGUUGUUUCCUUAUUUAUUGGGGCACUUUAAGCCUCUGCCUGCUGUGGGCUGGCAGCCUGGUUGGAAGCUCAUGUGCCAGGACCUCCACAUUGAACCUCAGCCUGCAUGGGGGAAUCCUGUUCUGGAUCCUCUUUGCUUUGAACCUGCAUUUCCUCAUUCUUAGUACAGUCUGCAUGCAGCUUCAGGGGAUGGUCUGGAAGCACAGGUUUAGUGUGCUGAAUGACAACAGCAGAGUCAGCAUGGGACAGAAAGGCCACCACUGGUAAUCACCUACAGUCCCAUUAUCUGCGAAGAUUCCAGUGGUGAGUUGGAAAGUUUCUGCAGCCAAUACCUGGUCUGCUGAGGAAGGUGAUGCUCUCAGAUCCACCUCAGAGUUUGGUCGCUCUCAGUGAGGGUCAGAAAGAUGCGGAGAUCCACAUCCUGCUCCUCAAAAACCUGCAGGCUUAAGGAGGCUGACUGGAGUAUGGACACCAUUGGAGAAGGAUGCAACAUAAACUCCACAACUGGGCCACUAAUCAGGAGUCCACUGAGCCUGUGGUUUAUUCGUCAGUUGGGGAAAAGCCACCAACUCUAUCAACAAUGCCUGGCCCAUCAUAAAUACCCAGUAAACAAAUCACAAAGA